UUUGCAGGCGGCUGUCGCGGGGACCGGAGGCGGCGGCGGUAGCGGGCACUGCGGCGCCGAGGCGCGGCGGCAGGACGGGAACCACGCGAGCUGCAGCCAGACGAAGUCUCUCUCUAUCGCUAGGCUGGAGUGCAGGGGCGCGAUCUCAGCUCACCACAACCUCCAUCUCCUGGGUUCAAGUGAUUCUCCUGCCUCAGCCUCCCGAGUAGCCGGGACUACAGCUAGGUCUUGACUCCACUAACGGGGACUUCUCAUACGGCUUUGAACUUGGACCUUGGUGCAUCAGCAAAUGUAACUCAGCGAAUUGUAAUGGAAAGCAUAUGGACAGGUCUACGCCACAUCACUUAGGUGCUAAGAGAUGCCGUUUGCAGGCCUCAUCUCUGCUUGAGAAUCGGGGGCUCCAGGCACUAGAAGAGCUGGCUGAUCCUGGGCUCCUAGCUUGAAUAAGCCUUCACUUCCAGCUGCUCUCCAACGGCUGUGUAAACUACUCGUUUCUCUUAAUGAUGGGUAUUGGUAAGAAUACCACAUCCAAAUCAAUGGAGGCUGGAAGUUCAACAGAAGGCAAAUACGAAGACGAGGCAAAGCACCCCGCUUUCUUCACUCUUCCGGUGGUGAUAAAUGGAGGCGCCACCUCCAGCGGUGAGCAGGACAAUGAGGACACUGAGCUCAUGGCGAUCUACACUACGGAAAACGGCAUUGCAGAAAAGAGCUCUCUCGCUGAGACCCUGGAUAGCACUGGCAGUCUGGACCCCCAGCGAUCAGACAUGAUUUAUACCAUAGAAGAUGUUCCUCCCUGGUACCUGUGUAUAUUUCUGGGGCUACAGCACUACCUGACAUGCUUCAGCGGCACGAUCGCAGUGCCUUUCCUGUUGGCCGAUGCCAUGUGUGUGGGGUACGACCAGUGGGCCACCAGCCAGCUCAUUGGGACCAUUUUCUUCUGUGUGGGAAUCACUACUUUGCUACAGACAACAUUUGGAUGCAGGUUACCCCUGUUUCAGGCCAGUGCUUUUGCAUUUUUGGCCCCUGCUCGAGCCAUCCUGUCUUUAGAUAAAUGGAAAUGUAACACCACAGAUGUUUCAGUUGCCAACGGAACAGCAGAGCUGUUGCACACAGAACACAUCUGGUAUCCCCGGAUCCGAGAGAUCCAGGGGGCCAUCAUCAUGUCCUCACUGAUAGAAGUAGUCAUCGGCCUCCUCGGCCUGCCUGGGGCUCUACUGAAGUAUAUCGGGCCCUUGACCAUUACACCCACGGUGGCCCUAAUUGGCCUCUCUGGUUUCCAGGCAGCGGGGGAGAGAGCCGGGAAGCACUGGGGCAUUGCCAUGCUGACAAUAUUCCUAGUAUUACUGUUUUCUCAAUAUGCCAGAAAUGUUAAAUUUCCUCUCCCGAUUUAUAAAUCCAAGAAAGGAUGGACUGCAUACAAGUUACAGCUGUUCAAAAUGUUCCCUAUCAUCCUGGCCAUCCUGGUAUCCUGGCUGCUCUGCUUCAUCUUCACGGUGACAGACGUCUUCCCUCCCGACAGCACAAAGUAUGGCUUCUAUGCUCGCACAGAUGCCAGGCAAGGCGUGCUUCUGGUAGCCCCGUGGUUUAAGGUUCCAUACCCAUUUCAGUGGGGACUGCCCACCGUGUCUGCGGCUGGUGUCAUCGGCAUGCUCAGCGCCGUGGUCGCCAGCAUCAUCGAGUCUAUUGGUGACUAUUACGCGUGUGCGCGGCUGUCCUGUGCCCCACCACCCCCCAUCCACGCAAUAAACAGGGGAAUUUUCGUGGAAGGCCUCUCCUGUGUUCUUGAUGGCAUAUUUGGUACUGGGAAUGGCUCUACUUCAUCCAGUCCCAACAUUGGAGUUUUGGGAAUUACAAAGGUCGGCAGCCGCCGCGUGAUACAGUGCGGAGCAGCCCUCAUGCUCGCUCUGGGCAUGAUCGGGAAGUUCAGCGCCCUCUUUGCGUCCCUUCCGGAUCCUGUGCUGGGAGCCCUGUUCUGCACGCUCUUUGGAAUGAUCACAGCUGUCGGCCUCUCUAACCUGCAGUUCAUUGAUUUAAAUUCUUCCCGGAACCUCUUCGUGCUUGGAUUUUCGAUCUUCUUUGGGCUCGUCCUUCCAAGUUACCUCAGACAGAACCCUCUGGUCACAGGGAUAACAGGAAUCGAUCAAGUGUUGAAUGUCCUUCUCACAACUGCUAUGUUUGUAGGGGGCUGUGUGGCUUUUAUCCUGGAUAACACCAUCCCAGGUACUCCAGAGGAAAGAGGAAUCCGGAAAUGGAAGAAGGGUGUGGGCAAAGGGAACAAAUCACUCGACGGCAUGGAAUCGUACAAUUUGCCAUUUGGCAUGAACAUUAUAAAAAAAUACAGAUGCUUCAGCUACUUACCCAUCAGCCCAACCUUUGUGGGCUACACGUGGAAAGGCCUCAGGAAGAGCGACAACAGCCGGAGUUCAGACGAAGACUCCCAGGCCACGGGAUAGCCUUUGCUGUGCCCUGUGGCCUGGCCGCAGUGAGGCAUGUAUCUGUAGUUCCUUGCUGGGUAACAAGAAGUAAAAUACAUGUUUGUAUAUCUACAUUUACAUUCUGCGCCCCAGAGCUAAGACAGACUGCGAAUCACUUUUCUGCUGUGAGGGUGAUGGUGCCUGAUACGGUGUCUCGCCUGUCUCCUUAUUUAAGCCCUUAACUCCUUGCCCUUUGAGAGUGUCCAUUGCUGGCCAUGGUCACUAAAUUUGAAGUUCCAGUCCUCCCUUUGGAGUGGACAUUUAAAAUCUGCAGCGAUUCCUUGCCUCAGUUCCCUCCCACCACCCAGGGCUGGCUUUCCUGUAAGCCGCCUCCAGGGUCCAGGGGCUUUCUCUCUCUCUCCGAAGCCCCUGGACCUGUUUCCUUGUCAUUUGACCCUCGUCUGUGCCCGCGGAGACCUCCUCUGACCAAGGGGCACUAGUAUGCCUGCGCUAUCAUGACUGACUGGCCCAGUAUGAUUCUGUUGUCGCUGAUCUCCUGGAGGAGGAGGCUGUUGACCUGAAAACGGUGGCGUGGCUCCCCUGUGCCCAGGUCUGGCCAUGGGUAAGGCCUGCACAGAUGUUGAAUGAACAUCUGUUUGGGGCAUUGGAGGGAAAAGGAAAGGACCCUGAAGCCAAUAUCUGAUUCUCGGCUGCGCCUUCUCUUGGCCACCCUGGCCCUGACUGGGCCAGCACGUGCACACUGGCCUCUUUUCAUUUCACUAGUGGCCGAGACACCCUCUCUGGCAUUUAUCACUGUUGGCCGGUGUGAUGAGUAUAGAGUGCCACCCAAGGCACCAGUCACACAAGCUGAUGGGCGUCUUGGCUCUGCCGUCAUGUGGAUGUUAUUGUCGCGCGCGUCUAUAAUUACAAGGUUUUAUUCCUAUUUAAUGUUACUGACUAUAGCAGAUUUUGGAAAUCAGUGUUCUCCAUGUGACCCUCUUUCCUUGCAUCCCUAUUCCUUGUCUCCCACCCACUCUUCCCCCCAUCAAGAAAAGAACCAGCAUUUGUAAAGCUGUGGACACCAUCAGGGAAGCUUGUUGUAACGGCUUUUGAAGGCCAGUAACCAUUGUUGUGGUUGUGUUUUGUAUUGCUUGAUACCAUGAAAGUGUAAAUACUGUAAUGCCUAAUCUAUUUAUCAAAACUGACUACUGGACCAGAGCCCAGAAACCAUGGGUCAAGUUACAUGUGAAUUUGUUUUGUGAAGAAGGGAAGCUGGGGCAGGUAACACGCAGAGCCGCCACGUGGAACGGUCUGUCCGCCGGCCGGUCCCGCUUGCCGGGCUUCUGUUGCAAGUCGCUUCUGGCAGUCUUGGCUUAAGGAGACUUCCUGUGGGUUGCCACGUUGCACGUCCGUUCGAUCUUGAUUUUACAGGUGAGGGUGGUUGCCAAAGGUGAUAAGAAAAGCAGCCAACAGGCUCCCUCUCACUUAAGAGAGUUCUAAUUAAUAACACUAAAUUCUUCCUGAGAAAUGACUCCUCUUGGUUUGGUUUGAAGUUUUCCAGUGAAGGAAAAGGCCUGAGAUAGGAAGCAGUGCCCUCGCUUCAUGAGGUGGCGUAUCUUCAGUGGCCGUUGGCCUGGUCGAGCUUUGGUCAGCUGCGUGGGUGCCUGUCUCCUGUCUCCAGCGGCAGGGCAUGCUUCUUGGCAGCCUGGUGUCCACACGGUGCAUUCCUGUCCCCCUCGGCCCCAGGCUGGCUCAGCUCUCCAGUGCUGCGGCGCUGUCUUUGCAGCAUUGCCAUGUCACUGUAGCCCCCUUCACUCUGGGAAGUUUGGGGCUUCAAGGUUUAUUCUGGCAAGAACACCUUGGAGCCACUGCAUUGUUUUGCCAAAAACUUACUGCAGAUUAAGUAAAGAACUUAGAUGCUAAAUUACAUCUAAUUAUGUAUGUUUUUUUAAAUGUGUCUUUGAUGCAUACUUUAGAAGCACACUGGCUCGCGGUUUCCAUCCCUCUUGCCUUGGGACACUCUUGAGGCUGGCAGCCCUCCUGCACUGAGUUGCUCUCAGUUCCUUCUGUUUGGAUUUUGCUCAACAUCUCCAGUUUCUCUGCUCUGAAAAAUGGGGAAAACUGCUAAACAUCCCAGAGAUUUGCAAUCUUCUAGCUCUCCAGGUGAGCAGAAAGACCAAAUAUCCAAAUGAAAGCCUGAAAGCCAUUGGUGAUCCAGGGGCACCUUCUCUUCACCUUUACUGGGCGUCUUCCACUGCAUAACACUCAAGGUGUCUGCUCUAGUCAUCCAGAAACCCACUCCCUUCUGAAACCCCUCCUUGGGCCUGGUUUUAUCAGGAGGAUUCAACUCCGCUAACGUGUGGGGUGCCCUCUGUAGGCCUUCACACGGGGAAGGAAGCCCUACCCUUUCAACUCCUGUUGGAAUGAGAGUUUCCUGUUCUUCUUAUUCCACUGUGGCCAACCCGAUAAUUCUGUCCGAGGAGGGGUAAGGGGAUAGGAGGUGGGGAGCAAAGAGGGCAGCCUGACUAGAUGCCCCUGCUGAAUCUGGUACUUUCUGCACAGCCUUGAGUGAUUGGAGUCCCCUAAUGACUAAUAAACUUGAACAUGUAACACACACACACACACACACACACACACACCAUUUUAGGAAGUGGUUCUCCUACUGGAAAAUAUGCUACAGAAUGAAAGUUUGUAAUUGAAAGAAAAAGAAUGUAUUCAUCUGCUUCUUGGGUUUAAGCACACACCUGAAGGGGAGAUAUUGGGGGACACGGUGGCCACUCGCGGUCUGUGUCAUGACACUUCCCAUUCACAUCAUUGGCCUGCGUUGCUGGGGCUUUGAACCACCACCCCGUACUUUGUUUUGCCUGUAGAGUGUUCUAAAAUAUUUUGGAUGUGAAUGUCCUUGCAGGCCAGUUAGUCUCCAGUUUCCACAGAGACCACCUACCCACCACCUUCCCAGGUCACCUGCCUGGUCCCUGAAAGAAAGCAUUUGUGUGGGCAAUCCCAACAUGAAAUGUAGACAGUGUGAAUACGGACAGGAGGUGAUGCCAUAUUCACAGUGGGGGAUGGGGGGCCCCCACCCCUGCUUCACAGAAUAAUGGGAAGUGACUCUAGUCUUUGUAAGCAAUUUUCAUUCUCAUUAGGAAGUUAAAUGUAGAUUCACAGAUUCAUUUACUUUCAGAAUCCUCAAGAGGAUUUCAAAUGCUAACUUUUAGUUUCUUGGGAUUGAUCAAGGCAAGAGAAGUGGCUUUAACCAUGCCAGCCAGAAUGAAGCAUCAUGGGUCCUGAUGGUUUCCCAUUUUCAUGGUAACAAAUUCGCACACAGGUUUUGCUUUAUACUGUAGAAUACUGACUUUCAUGAUGACAACUUGGUUUAUGCAUGAAUAUUGCAGUAUUUCCAUAUAGCAAAAUAACAUUUCUACCCAGGAUAAUAGUCACAGUUUUCCAGGGAGGGAAUGAUAUAAUUUUCAUGACAAUGUCAUGUGAUGAUAGAAUUUCUCCAUUGAUGAAUCUCUAGUAUGUGUGUAUACUUUAUUUACCCAUACGUAUAUUUUAUGACCAUGAGCUAAGUUGUUAUUUCUUUCAUUCAUAUCCCUGCUGAAAUAUUGGUACUAGCAACUUAAAGUUGGCAAGUCUCAUCUUCAGUAAUACGGAUGCCAUGGGAGUGGCCAGGCCAGAUUGAAGGUGAAUAUGGAGCAAUAGCAGAAGCCUCAUUCCAGAACCCAUCUGGCCAGAGAAGCAGCAGCAUCCUGGGGGGUGGCCGUGCAUGGGGUGUACACUCGCUAUAGGCAUAGGCCCGGCAUGGCUGUCGCUGGACGCCAGCUGUGCACACCCAGCCACACCUGCUGCACGCCGCGUUAGCGUGCGGCUCCGGGCCUGAGCAUUCGCAAAGCUCGCUUCUCCAGGGAGCCUCCUCUUGGCUUUGGAAAAGAGCCCAGGGACUUAACGUGCUGCCUGUUGUACUCUGUCCCCUCAUGACUUUUUAGACACAGGGACUAGGACAUCGACCACCCUCUGCCCCUCCUGCAGUCAGAACCCGAGUAGUGCAAGAAGGGCCACCCGGUUUUGCCAGCGUUCAGCGUCUGCCCAUGGACCCAUAAGGCACAUUAGCGUUGGGGGUCUCUUUUCAGCAGCCUCACAGACAUUCCCGUCCUUUCUGGUUGGUGUUGACUGUGUUUCAGCAUCACUCUACCCUCCCAUGUCCUUAGCAUUGCUGUGCGUGUUUCCAGGCACUUAGGACACCCUUCCCCACGUUGCCAUCUUACUGACAGUUCAAAUGACUCUCCUUUUUUGUUCGUUAGUAACAAUCUUCAUUUGACACCUUAAUACAUUUCUGACUGUUCUUAAAACAGUGGGGAUGCCUAUAUUUUCCUUGAGUUUUUGUGACUGACUUUGGCUAUAUAUACCUUUCUGGGGUUUUGUUUGUUUUUUAUUUUUAUUUUGAUUACCGAGGGUAUUUGGGGUGGGGUUGUUUUUUGAGAUGUGUAAUUCUUUUAUGGAGUUUUUAAAAAGAAUUUUCAUAUUGUUUUUCUAACAUGGCUUCAUUAAACGUUUAAGUAUUUUAAAAAUAUGUAAUAUUUGGACCAGAUGUUGUGAAUAAUAGUAGAGAUAAAGCUAUUUUAUUCUGUAUUUUUAAAACUGUUCCGUACAAAUAAAAGCUCUCCUGGACACA